AUGUCGAUCUCCUCCUGGAAGCCAGCACAAUCCAACAUGAUGAACUUUUCAGUUCAGGGCAUGAUGAACAAGCACCAAUGGAAGGAUAAGGUGGUGGUGGCACUUGUCAACAACGACACUAAGUUUCGUUCCAUGUACGAGUGUUGCUUUCUCUGGAUGGAUGUGGUGAUCUCGAUCUUGCAUUCAUACGUGUCAAAAAGGGUUGAUCAGAUGGUGGAUAGCGGGUUGGUGGAGGAAGGUAAGGCAUUUUUUGACCUAAAGAUUCAUGAUAAUGAUUAUGGGAUUAGACAUGCCAUUGGGGUCCCCGAGAUGGAUGAGUUCUUCCGGAGCGAGGGUCUUGUCGAUGGUAAAAGUAGGGCUAAGCUUAUUAAGGCAGCUAUUGAUGAAAUUAAGACGAACACUUGCAAAUUAGCUUGUUGUCAAGUUGAAAAGAUUUUGAGGAUGAGGGAGGAAUUCGAGUGGCAGAUGCAUCGGUUGAACUCCACAUAG